UGUCUCUCUCGUGAAGACCCGAUUUUUGAAGCCGAGUACUUCACGUUCACCACUUCAAGUUUCGUCAUUAAUCUAGGGGUACCUCAAGAACCUACCUACCUGGUCACUCUUUUUGUUCUUCAACGCGAAGUCCAACAGACCGCGACCUGAAUGAUAACGUCGAGAUCAUCGCAUUGCGAUAUCCGUCCUGGAUAACUGUGGGGCGAGGGUCCUCCGUUAAAUUGCACCUGGAUCAAUCAUGUCUACUACUAAGGAAGUCGUUCUCUCAGACAGCUCCCCAAAGCCUUUCCCAGUCAUGCCUUUCAGCGCGGCUGUAAAGUGUAAUGGGUUUGUCUUCUGCUCUGGGAAUAUUGGUGUGGAUCCAGUGAGCUUGAAGGUCAUCGAGGGUCCCAUCCAGGAUCGGACUCGACAAGCUUUGAAGAACAUCACGGGCGUGCUCAAGGAUGCUGGCAGCUCCAUCGAGAAUAUUGUCAAGAUUAACGUCUAUCUCACGAGUAUGACGAACUUUGGUGCGAUGAAUGAAGCAUAUCUGGAGUUCUUUCCCGGCGAUUAUCUACCGGCGAGGACGUGUGUUGCAGUCAAAGAACUUCCAUUGGGCACAGAUGUCGAGAUCGAGUGCACUGCGCACCUAUAGAAAUCGAGCUUCUUGGAGCACAUUUGAGCCUUGAUCAGCCCUCAAUGGCAGGACCUUGACGUCCCUAGAUCUGACGAUAAGCUUGAUAGAGGGGUAAGAUGGGGUCAAAUGCAGAGCUCCAUCUAGGCACAAGGCUGGCCGUG